GCCAGAGCACCUGUACGAAUAAGAUCAAGAAAUUUAAAUUUUGAGGGAAGGAAAGAGAAAGAUGUCUAAUAUUAGAAAUAACAAUUACAUAGAAGCAGAGAAUAAGAUUGUAAUAGUUGGAGGGGGAAUUUGUGGACUUGCAACUGCUCUUGCACUUCACAAGAAGGGACUCGAGAGUGUAGUGUUAGAGAGAUCCGACAAACUAAGAACCACUGGAGCAACUAUUCUUAUCCAUUCCAACGGUUGGCGCGCACUAGAUCAACUUGGCGUGGGUGAGCAGCUUAGAGAGAUAGGCCAUCUCAUCACAGCGUACUGCGAUAUUUCACUCGAUGAUGGCAAAAAAGAAGAGGCAUCACUAAUGAAAGAAGAACUUCGAUGCUUGAAAAGGCUUGAGCUUGUACAAGUCUUAGCUGAUAAUUUACCGCUUAAUACAAUUCGUUUUGGAUGUCACACAGUGGCUGUCAAGAUGGAUCCCUCAACUUGUCAACCUAUUGUACAACUAGAUGAUGGGACUAGCAUCAAGUGUAAGGUUGUGAUUGGAUGCGAUGGAGUAAAUUCAGUUGUCUCUGAGUACGUUGGAUUAAAAACUACAAGGUGUUUCUCUACACGUGGAGUUAGAGGUUUCACAAGUUAUCCAUCUGGUCAUGGAUUCAGCAGUGAUUUUAUUCGAAUUCGGAAAGGCAAUCGUAUCUUUUGUAGAAACCCAGUCAAUGAGAAUCUCAUGUAUUGGUUUGUAGGCCUUCCAUGCACAUCAUGUGAUUUAGGAGUGUCAAGUGAACCAGAACUCAUCAAGCAAGCAACCAUUAAAUCGAUCAUGGAUUUCCCUCCAGACGUUAUAGAAUUUGUAAAGAAAACUGAUCUUGAUUCAUUGACUCUUACAAACUUACGAUACCGCCCACCAUGGGAUAUAUCACUAGGAAAUUUUCGGAAAGGAACAGUUGUUGUAGCAGGAGAUGCCAUGCAUAUUAUGGGUCCAUUCUUAGGCCAAGGUGGUUCCGCAGCUCUAGAAGAUGCUGUUGUCUUAGCAAGAAAUUUGGCAGAAAAAAUGUGCGGGUCUGAAAGAACCGGAAAACAAAGUCUGCAGGUGGAGAUUGGAGCAGCGAUAGAUCGUUACGUGAAAGAACGUAGAAUGAGGCUAAUUCAGCUGUCUUCACAGACUUAUCUCAUCGGAAUGCUGUUAGAACCAUCAUCUGGCAAGUUCACAAAGUUAUUGAUUAUUCUUGCCCUAGUUGUUUUCUUUAGCAAUCCAAGUGGCCAUGUUAAGUACAACUGUGGUCAUCUCUAAUUUCACAGAUGCGUACACAAAACCAAAACAUUAUCUUCGUUGAGUCUGCUAUAGUUUGUUUACAUAUGUGUGGGUCGUCUGUUAUACGCACAUGUGUAGGUUGUAUUAGUUGUUAUUUUUGUUGCAAACAUAAUUCGUCUACGUCGCUAUUAAGUUAUGUGUUACUUCCUUGGUUUCUAAAGAAUAGGUGGUUUUCUUAUUUGAAUAUAUGUUAAGAAAUAAAAAUAAAAAGAUGGGCUAGUUUUCGAGAAA